AUACAGGCAGUAAGCGCGGUACUGCACUGACAGUGAGGCUGUUGUUGUGUGAAGAAACUUCUAUUGCUUCUCGGUUCAUUUUAUUUGUGUAAAGAACUAUUACCUCUCGCUUGUAUUAAAAUAAUGUGGAAUCAAGGAUCAUAUGGAGAAGCCAGCAUGGGCGGUGGAUACAAUCAGUCACCAGGGGGCUUUGGUUCACCUGCUGCCUCUCAGGGAGGAGACAAAAAAGGGAGGACGCGUGCCCAGCAGAUUGUUCCCUGCACUGUGUCACAGCUCAUGUCUGCAGCCCAGGCCGAAGAUAUCUUCCGUGUAGGCGACGUGGAAGUUGCACAAGUCACUAUUGUUGGGAUCAUCAAAAGCACAGAUAAAUCUAUGACUAAUAUUCAGUACAAAGUGGAUGACAUGACAGCAGCCCCAAUGGAUGUGAAGCAAUGGGUAGAUACAGAGGAUCCCAGUGUGGAUAGCUCUGUCAUUCCUCCGAACACUUAUGUAAAGGUUUCUGGCAACCUGCGAUCUUUUCAGAAUAACAGAUCUUUAGUGGCGUUUAGUGUCCGGCCACUAGAUGACAUGAAUGAGAUUACAUCCCAUAUGCUGGAGGUUGUGCAGGCACAUUUGCUGCUCAGCAAACCACAGGCCAUGACAGGGGGAGGCGGUGGAAUGAACAGCAGCAUGGCAUCUGUGUCACGCACUGGCAUGGGUAGCAUGGACACAAGUGGGGGAUACUCUGGUGCCAGUGCCAUGGCCAAUAAUGGAUUAAACCCUAACCAGAACCAGGUGUUAUGUAUGAUAAAGAGCUGCCCAGAGCCUCAGGGAAUCAGUAUACAGGAGCUAAAGCAAAGACUUGGUGGCAUGAGCAUAAUUGUUAUCAGACAGGUUGUGGACUUCCUCAGCAAUGAAGGCCACAUUUUCUCUACUAUUGACGAGGAUCAUUUCAGAUCAACAGAUCAAGAGGCUUAAGAAACAUCUAAACCCUUUAAGCACACUGAUGGUGUGUGGUCUCUGUCCAUUUGCUAGCUGUACAACAGGGUUUCUUUACUGUGUCAACAACCCAUAUAUUACAUUUGUGGUAAGAAAAAGCUUAAGACCAGUGGGUAAAUUCUUAAUUCUUUGAAUUGUGGAUGUGGUUUGAAGACCGUACAAAAAGCAGGUAGCAAAGUCGGAAACAUUUUAAUGUAAAUGUACAGUUUAAACCCUUAAACAUGUUUCUAUCCCCAACACAGUUUGUUUCUAAUAAUAUUUUCUACCUAACAUGUUACUAUUUUAUUUGGAUGCUGCAUAAUAAAAAUUGAAUAAAAUAAAGUCUUUGUUUCUGAA